GAGGAACUCGCAUGAUAUACAACUGACCUGGAGCCUGCAGUUCGUGACCUCAUUCGAGAGUACCACGACGUUUUCCCAUCAUCGUUCUCGUACGUCGACACCCCACCGAUGCGGGACGUCGAACACUCCAUCCAGCUUGUGCCUGGCUAUCGUGUUCACCACCAGGCACCCUAUCGACUCUCGAUCCCCGAGGCCACCGAACUCAAGCGUCAGCUUGAGGAGCUCCUGAGACUGGGUUUCAUUAAACCCAGCAACUCCCCAUGGGGUGCACCCGUUCUCUUUGCUCGCAAAGCGGAUGAAACUCUCCAUCUCUGCAUCGACUAUCGCGGCCUCAACCACUAUACGGUUAAGAACAACUACCCCAUGCCUUGUUCCGACGAACUGUUCGACUGCCUAGCAGGCAACCGCUUCUUUACGAAAAUUGAUCUUCGUAGCGGUUACCAUCAGAUCCGCAUCGCUGCAGCCGACCAGCUGAAGACAGCAUUCCGAUCGCGCUUCGACCACUACGAGUUCACGGUGAUGCCAUUCGGCCUCACCAACGCACCCGCUACCUUUCAGAGGGCGAUGAACGACAUUUUCAGGGACAUCCGAGAGCAGUACGUUCUCGUCUACCUCGAUGAUAUCUUGGUCUACAGUCGUAUCCUUGAGGAGCACCUCAGACACCUCCGCGACGUCCUUGACUGUUUGCACAGACAUGACUUUUACGCCAAGCCGAGCAAGUGCCGCUUUGCCCAGCACAAAGUGAAUUUCUUAGGACACUACGUGUCUGACCAGGGUGUUCACAUGGACGACACGAAGAUCACUGCUAUUGCGGAUUUCACCACUGAGCACAUCAAGGGUGAGACUAAUCGGGUCGCAGAUGCCUUAUCCUGGCGCCCUGACCACGAUCAGGAGCAGAUCCAACUCUCUUCCAUCUCGGUCACCACCGUCCACCACUCGGUGAUCGACAAGUUUCGCACUCAGUACUGUCACUGCCCCGACUAUCGCGACAUCCAUUCGACCUUUCGGAGUGGCAAGACCGUCCCGAACUACUCUCUCGGGGACAACGGUCUUGUGUACUGGCACGGUUCACAGGGCAYCAGAGAGYCCCGUAUUUGCGUUCCCUCCACUGGACAACUACGCGUCCGAGCAGUAGCAGAGUUCCAUGACCAGGCAGCCGCCAGUCAUAUGGGCUUCCACAAGACGUUGGCUCGUGUGAGCCGCCUGUACGUCUGGCCGAAGCGCAAGGACUUUGUGAAGGACUACGUUGCAAAGUGUCCCAUCUGUCAGGAGGUGAACAUUGUGAACCACCUUCCUUAUGGUUUGCUCCAGCCUCUUCCUAUCCCUGAGGGUCGUUGGCAGUCCAUCUCGAUGGACUUUAUCGGUCCUCUUCAUCCUCCGACCCCCCAUGGUCAUGAUGCUAUCCUGGUCGUUGUCGACCGCUUCACGAAGCGUGCACGCUUUGUUUCGUGCCGCUAUGCCAUCAGUGCACAUGAGGUCGCCGACAUCGUGUUUGACCGAGUCGUGCGUGACCACGGCUUACCUUUGAGCAUCAUAUCUGACCGUGACCCGCGCUUUACCAGCCGAUUCAGGCGACGGCUCCUUCGCUUCUCCUCGUCUUACCAUCCUCAGACUGAUGGUCAGACCGAGAUCACGAACAGGACUCUCGGAGAUAUUCUCCGAAAGAUUGUUCGUGACGACCAGCAGUGGGAUCUCCAUCUUGCCCACACAGAGAUAGCCUACAACCACGCCGUUUCGCAAGCCACGGGGAUGUCGCCUUACUAUUGCAACCUCGGCUAUCACCCUCGUGUUCCCGCGGACUUCCUGCGACCGUCCCAGAUGCACCCCGACACGAGUUGUCCCGCGUUGGAUGAUUGGGUUGCACACAUGACGUCGAUCAUGAAGACCACACAUGAGCACAUAGCCGCUUCCCAGACUCGCAUGGCAACACGUGCGAACCGAUCGAGGAUGGAUCAUUCAUUCAAAGUCGGUGAUGAUGUGCUUAUCGACGCCCGCCACUUACAGCUCGAAGCGGACACGCUUCGCAAAUUUCGGCGUCGCUUCUUUGGCCCAUGCCGCAUCCUCCAGGCCGUCGGUUCUGAUACGACAUCCAGCCCGGUCAGCUUCCGUGUGAAGUUGCCCGACUACCUACGCCAGACUCGUGUGCACGAUGUCUACCACGUCUCGUUACUGCGUCCUUACCGUAGACCGUCUGAGCGUUUUGUUGGAUGACCAUACGAGCGCUCUCCACCCAUCAUGGUGGACGGUCACGAGGAGUUCCUCGUUUCAGACAUCGUUGGUCGCCGAGUCACCGACGAC